CGGUUCUUCGCGGACGAACGCCGAGAACGCUCUCACUCGUCCUCGAGCACGUCGCGUCAGUCCAAUAACAACAACAACAACAAUAACAACGAUAUUAUUUCGAUCGGUGCGCGCGCGUGUGUGUGUAUGUGUGUGUGUGUGUGUGUAUGUGUGUGUGUCGUGCGUGCGUGUUUGUGCGAGCGCGCGCGCGCCCGUGUUUAUACACUCGUUAAUGGUUUCUUUGAUUUUUUAAUUUUCAAUUUUUUUUUUUUCUUACUUUUCUAGAAAGCAAUUAUAACCAUCGUACAGUGCUCGAUAUUUGUAUUAUUAUGCCCGUCGUCGGGCGCCACGGCCCACCGCUCCGGUAUCGCAACGGCCGUCGCGAAGUCAUUGUCCGCUCCACCGCCGCCGACUUUGUACGGGAAAACGCCAUCUCCGCCGCGGCCGUCGUCGUGAGAUGACGACGUCGCCGCGCCGUCGAAACGUCCGUCGUCUGCCGCUCGUGUCGUCCGGGUCGGAGGAUCUCCGACGGCAAUAACGAUAAUUUAUUGUUGCCGUACCGAAAUAUCCUAUCUGCAACAGUACUACACUUGCCGCUAAACACGGUGGACGUCAUGGCGCAGUCGCAGUUUUCGUUCCGUCCAGGCGCGGAGGACAGGACGCGGUGACCGGCAAUGGCCUCGCUCAUAUCCGGCGUGGUCAACAGCGCCGCUUGGACCGGCGCCGGACUCAUACCCGUCUUCGUGGUCGGGCUCGCGUAUCUCCGGUACUCGAUGUACGACCCCGAGUCCCGGGUCAUAGACGUACAAGAGGUGAGCCAUCGAGUCUAUUAAAAACAAUACGUACGCGCGUUUAAUAAUAUAAUGCGAACAGCCAAACGUGACCCGGUCAAUGUAUUUCGUAAACAAAUCGUUUUCGCCAAAACUUUCGUUAUUACUUCGAGUGUAACUUUUGGUUACUGAAACAUCAUAACCAAACGAAAUGAACGGUCGUGACGCUAUCCCCCGCGAAAUCCUUAAUUUUUUUAUCACAUUUUUAUCCGAUAUACGGAGAUUUUUAUUCGGAGACUAUUUCGUACGUUUUGUAAACAAAUACAAUGUCCCGAGCCGAUCGAAAAAAUGUUCACCGUGGACAAUUUGAUAGCCCGGAGACAAAACGGAUCGAUACGGGUGUAUGUCCCGACAAAAAGUAAACGGAUCGCCUUACCCCCGUGGAUAAUACAAUGCGAGUCUGCGACCGAUAACGGGGAUACAUUUCGACAAAACAUCACCGAUACCGAUAGUAAAUAGAUAUUAUAUUCUAUAUACAUUCCCUACUAUUCUCCGCUAUAUUAUAUUCUCCUCGGUUACUGUACGACAUCAAUUUCGACGUACCUGCACAAAAUACCGUCAAAUACCACUGACCCUUGUAAACCGAUAAUUGUAACAGCAUUGUGUUAUUUUCUGGAUAUAUUAUCUAGCUAUACGUAUGCAUUCAUCUUUAAUCUUAUCACGAUAAAUGAGAAAUAAGUUAUUUAAACAGUCAUCUGACACGAACAUAAUGUUCGUUCAUCUAUAGAUAGGUAUUUUGCAACCGUAAUUUAAAUAUUUAUUAGAAAUAAUAGAUGAAAUAAAUUGAUUUAUAUCCAUAUGGUUUAAUUCAUUGUUUAUUUAUACCAAUCACGCGACCUUUAUGCUAAAUCUAAAUAAUAUGUACCGAAUCUGGUAAACUUUUACUACGUCCAUCACUUUGUUUUAAACGAUAAAUAAUGAACAAAAGUACUAUUUUUUUUCAUGUAUGCGUAUCUGGAUAAUGAUUUUCCGACCAUGGUCUUCAUAAGUUCUCUUCGUUCAUCUCUUAUCGUUGUCUAUAGACAUUUUGAAAUGUAUCUUUAUACAACCGCUGCUUGUAAAUUGAAAGAGCUAACGGUAGCGCGAAUGGAAUCCGAUUCAAACGACGGCGUGCACGCACAACAUAUACAUAAUAUUUGUUAUAAAUGGUGUACGCGUUUGUUAUAUUAACCGUUUAUAAAAAAAAAAUGGAUAAUAAUAUAAUGUCAACCUCAUUCUCAUACACCGAGGGGGGAGGGAGGGGGAACCUUAUUUCUGAUACCGCGGAUCAAUAAGAAUGAAACGAAUAAAAAAUAAUAAUAAUAAUACAAAAAAUUUUAAUCCGCAAAAACUAGGCGCAUCGAGAAUACAACAACGGUACGGACAAUAUAAUCUAUUGUAUUAUAGUCUGUAACGCGUUUUUCGCGGUACGCUAUGGGAAUUGAGGUGCCCUCGAAUGUCGACUAUGGCGACUGUAUUAUAAUAUACUAAAUAAUAUAAUAAUAUACAUUUAGCCGAUAAUAUUAUAAUUCGAUUUCUGGAAAUUUUUUCGCCGCUUUUUUUUUUGUAGCUCUCGCGGUUAUUAUUUCUUCUCUGCCGCGGUUUAUACGCGAAUCUGCAACAAUUUUCAGAGCACAAACUAGGACAGCAUAAUAGCCGACGGUAACAAUGACUGCAGCGGCAGCAGCAAUAGAUGUGUAAUUACGGAUGAUGGCGAUAAAUUGCAUUACGCGGUUUUCUAAAAAAAAAAAAUAAUAAUAAUAAUAAUAAUAAAUAAAUAAAAAGUCCACGGUGAAACUGUCGGGCGAAAAUCGUGUUUUUCGAGCGCCGGGGUCGCUGUAAAAUCGUCCGGUACACACGAUACGUAUUGUAACGAUCACGCGGUAACGGAAUCGAAAACAUCCCGCCGUCGUGGUUUCCCAACUGUCCAAACCAUUUUUCAAUUUUUUUUUUUUUACGAAAAUUCCGAAAGCACUGUUUAUCAGUAAAAUACCGACAUAAUUUCAAAAACCGGGAUGAUAAUGUAAUAUACAGGUAGAAAUUAAUUAAACUGACAACUAAAUUAACAACAUUACAGUACAACGAGUACGCCGCAUAGUCUCUAGGAAACGCAGACUAAUUAAUGAUAUAAUAUAUCAGUCUGUUUCAGUUAAAGGGGUUGAAAACGGUUGAAUAAAUUCUCCAACUUUGUAAAAUUUGAAAAUUAUUUUUAAUCCCUGUGGUAAGACUUUUUUUUGCUAAUACCAACGACUGCCCUACGUCAAUUUAAGGGGAAGGGGAAAGGGUACGGCCGUUUUAAAGGACGAACAUGACGUUUUAGAUCAACAAGCUGGACUAACCCAUUACCGCUCGCCCGAUUACAAUUUUAAAAACAUAAUUAAAUUUCUUGUCUAUAAUUUGUAGGAAUCAUUUGUUCGGUUUUUUUUUUUUUUUGUUUAAUUAAACUCGAACUUAAAAGUAUCACGCGAAAAAAAUACUAGUUUUACUAAAAAAAUAUAGAAAAGAAAUAUGUACGAAUUCGAAUGUUAAACAUAAAUGUUUUUUAUUUUAAGCACGUGGCUCUAGCGAUUAUUACAAGAAAAAAAAAAUUCUAACAUGUUAAACAAAACAAGUUAUAUUGUAUUUGUCAGAUCUCCAUGGAACUCUUUUAUAUUGCAGUUUUCAUAAUCUUCUAUUCGGAUAAGAUAGUAAUAAAGAACUUUUCAAAAGUCACGUGCCACCACUCUCCACUGCCCACAAACUUAAAAGUGAGAUAAUUCGUUAAUAGUUAGACCGAAAUUUAAAAUGUCAAUUUAGAAAAAUGUAUUUUAAUCUAAAUCGACGACUGUUUGCGGAAUUGUUCGUAGAAGUCGCUAUUUUUGAAAAACAAAAUCGGGUAGCGAUUUCACCCCCGAACGACAAAAACUGACCGUAAUGUCACAUUUUAACAAUUUCCGAGAAAAAAAAAAACAAACCAAUACCGAGUGUCGUACGGAGGACAGAUCGCUUCGUAUGUAAAUAUAUUUCGUCGGUAUUUCUCGAGACGUUAUUCCUUCGUGUCUACUCGUACCGUUACUGUUACUAAAUUAUGAUCGUACCGAUCGUCUAGAAAUCAGUUUCCUACAGGCGUCAGUUCCGCAAUACGACGCAUACGAAAGUUGUUAUUAUUAUUAUAUUAUUAUACACCAACGGUUCUCUAAUGAUUUCCAUUUGACGAAAGACCGGUUGCCAGUGACUUUGUACACUCGAAUACGAAUUCCGGUGUAGAUAUCUACAAUAGUUAUAUAAGAUGAUAUAAUUUCAAGAAGUGUAAGGCGGCUCUGCUUAUUGUCAUAAUAAUGCUCGUAUGCAACGCCAACACAAAAAAAAAAAAAAAAAAAAAAAAGAUAGGAAACGUCGGUACAAUAAAUGACCGCCUUGACUACUAAUAACACUAUAACGCCAGACGGAAUAUAAAUAUAAGCAAUAAAGAAAUCCGAGCCAGUUCUUCGUAUUUCUAUUUAAUUGGCGAGGUUUUUGUUUUAAUUAAAAUAUGUAUACAUACGGUUGUAUUUCUGUUAAAAACAAAAAGGACGGACAUACUCCGCACGUGGGUGCAGCCACUGUCGUAGGUGGGAAGUAGUUGGAAAGGUAGACUACAGACGGGAAAUUCAGUGUAUAUAUCUGUAAGCAACGAUAAACCAUUGUUAACGGAAAAACGAUUCUGAGCGGAGUUCAGUUGAUAGUGUUGCUUUGUUAACAAUAUAUAUAUAUAUAUAUUACAAUUUUGCACGUUUCUAUGACAACAAUGAUUGUUUGAAAAAAGAUUAAAAUAAUAAAAACAACUUAAUUAGAACAAAAAAUAAAUAAAAACGGUUGCUAAUCACGACCUUAUUUAUAAUCUUGCAAUAUUUUUUAAGCUGAAGAACCAGGUUUUCCUUAUUAUCUCGAAUGUUAACGAGAAUUUCAAAAAAAUGACCUUUUUUAAAGUAGGUACUACCCAGAGAACAUUUCCUUUCAGAAGAGGUGCUUUACUUGAUAAUCGGAAUAAGCUUUCUAAAAAAAAAACAUCUUUGUAAAACCAAUACAUUCUUCGCUAAACUCAGAAUCUAAAACAAUUCUAAUAAGUUGGAAAAGUAUUAUUCAGGCGAAUCCGGUUAAACGUUUGUUGAUUAAUUUAAAUUGAGAAUCGCGUAUUGAUUCGUGGCUAAACCAAAAAUAAAAAAAUACAAUUUUUCGCGGUGUUUUUGACGGAUUUUGUCAUAAAUUUAUACUUAAAACACUUAUAAAAAUAAAUUACUAUACAACUUGUUUUUUCUAGCGUUUUUGCUAAACCGAAACAAAAUUGUAUCCACGUAAAACUAAAUAAAAACUUAAAAAAACUUGAUAGUUUUAGAUAGCUAAGAAUAAUUCAAAUAACGCCAGAAUGUUUUGACAAUUACACCACGCAUAAAAAAUACCAAUGUACGUAUAUUUAGGUGAAAGAUUUAACCUAACCUAAUCUAACCUUUCAGGUUUUUACGAUUUUUUUUCACUGAAUUACGACAAUAAAAAAAAAUAUAAAUGUGAUAUAAACAUAACUCGUAAUUGCGGAAAUAUUCUAGUUUUCUAAUUUUUUCCUCGGUGUUGCUCAUUAUUAAGAUUAAAAGUUACCUUUUCGGUGCACCAACUUGAUAAAAUUGUCAUUUUCUGAUUUCGAUAGUUAAAACUAGAUUUUUUGUCGAAUAUUUGUUAACAGAUUAGAAAAAAAAAACACAUCUCACAGUUAAUCCAAUAUAUUCAGCUCGUGACAUUUAGAAUCUAAAAUUUAUCUAAAACACAUACUUUAAAAUAUUAAAUAGCAUGCAAUUUCGUUGUGUUAGUAAAAUUUCAGAUUCUCAAUAUAGUAAAGAAACUAAUAAUUUUUCUAAGAUGUGUAUUUUUUUUUCUCUACUCGAAACAUUUUAUGAAAUUCACAAUAAAUUCCUAAAAAAAACUCACAACUAAUGACGAAUGACGAGCAUCGGUUUUAUUUUUUAUAGUUUCUAGGUUACCUUGAUUAAAAGAGGAAAAACGGACAGAUUAUAUUUACAUUUUACCAGUUUACUAAGCUCCGAUCUUUUUUUUUAUUUAUUAUUGAAAUGAUACGUCGUUUCUUUCAAUAUAUAAACUAAUAUCCCUAAAGUUAUCUUUCAAACUUCACAAACAUAAUUGUAAUAUAAUAGAAUUAUAAUUGCCAACGAUACGAAGUAUGUUCAUGUUAUUUUUGGUAAUUUUAAUUUUGUGAAAUUCAAUUGGUGUAUUGCAAAUGAUUUAAAAACGUCUCUUUUUUAAAAAAAAACAAACGUUUAUAAUAAAUGACAUUAAAUAUAAAUAUUGAUGAUAAAAAAUAAUAAUAAUAAUCUAGAAAUGUCAUCUUCUUCUUUUGGUUUUCAAUUUGUCGAUUAUUAGAUUGGUUGCAGCUCCCCAUUUUUCUCUAUAAAAUGUCAUCCCCGUGUCCUUGAGAAAUGAGCUUUUGGCGUUUCUUUUACAAUUUUACCUUCUAUAUACGUGACUUUCAAUAAUCGACUCCGGACCAACAUAUGUGAACGACCAUCGUAUCCAUUCUAUUUUUAUUUUUUUUAUAAUUAAUUUCCGAAGCACGAAGUGUCACUCUAACACGCGACGAAAUUGCAUGUUUUUCUUUGAAUUUAUCGAAUAUUUUACGUAUGAGUCAAUUGAAUAUUUUAUAAAAUUAUACCUUUUCAAUUGUUUGUAUUUUUUUAACUUUUUUUUUUUUUUUUAAGUAAUUUAAAUUAUUUUUUUUCCGGGCGUAUACAGAAAAUGUGUGCGGUUAAAUACAAAUUCGUUUAUUUAUACUAAACGAGUUUAGCGAGUACAGCUAUUCAAUUAUAUAAUAGUAAUAUAAUACCUACAUGAAACUCAUUUACAUUCUAUGGCAUUGUUGUAGUCAUACACUCAUACCUUUCAUGAUGAAUGAUGAAUGUUGAUUAAUAGUAUGAUAACAUAAUAAUAUUAUUAUUAUGUUUGUAGAAAGCACUUUCGUUUAUUAACCGAAACAUUUUUUUUUUCUUUUGUAAACCUACUCUAAAAAAAGCAAAAAAAAAAUGUCAUUGUAAUAUCACGUCUGUAUAUGUGUAUUUCAAAAGUAUUUUAUUUAAAAGUUUUACUUAUUUGUUUUAAAAUAAAUAUCAUAACAAGUGUGAUAAGUUUCAAUAAUGGAAUUUGACUAAAAAAAAUAUAGUGUUCAUACGUACAUAUUUUGUAGAGUUAUUAUUUUUUUUUUUUCCAAACGUAAAAAUACUAUGGUUGGUAUUCUAAAUCAAAUAAAAAUUUGACGAAUUUAAAAUACUAACGUAUAAACACUGAAAAGUACCUUAUAUACCUACUAUGGAAACGGAAUGAACAAAACUUUAAAUAAAAAAAAACAAUUUUAAAAAGUCACUUAUAAUAUGGUAAAAAACAAUACAUGUUAAAGAUCUUCCCCUCCUCUUAAAUAACUUUUAUUUAAGCAAAACGGUUAAGUUUUUUAUUUCAUUUGAUACCUAUAACAAACGAAGUAAACCGCCCGUAGCGUAUAAAUAAAUCUGUCGACUUUAUAGUUCAUAAUAUUGCAGUCGUCGAAUAACGUGAAAUUAAACGUGACCUAAUAAAACGUCGAGAGAAAAAAAAUCUCCGGAUAUUUGUCGUAAAAAAUUCAAAUGUAUUUCUAUACUUGAAAUAUUCACACAUAGAUGACGACGAGAUACAUUUCAUAAUUUUAGAAUCCGCCGUGCGUUUAGAAAUCGAAUUGUUAGCCCGGGGAAAAGUGUUAAAAAUAAUUUUAAUAAUAUAUUAAUAUAAAUAUUAUAAUAUUCGAGUGUGUAAGGAUAAUAAUUGAAUUUAUUGUUUUUAUGCAUAGCAUGUUUUUUGAAGAAAUAGGCGCAUAUUAUCUACUGUUUUUUUUUAUUUUUUUUUUUUUUUUUUUUGUCCUUUUUUUCCCCAUUCGAAAUUAAAGCAACCGAUUUCCACGAUAUAUUUUAUUGCAUAUUAUAUACUUGGAUAUUAAUAACACUACAACAAUACUGGUACAAUAAAAAAUAAUAAUAAUAAAUAAGACAAUAAAAUGGUCCAAGGAUGAUAAAUAAUACAGUGACUAAAACGUACAAUGAUAUAUUAUUCGUAUAACAACGAUAAUAAAAAACCGGACAUACUUCGCGCCGUGAACUGUUGUAGGAUGGAAGUUAAGAGGUGUAUAAUACAGGAUACAGGGUAUUUCAGUCAAUAUACUGAAGGGCACGAUAUGUAACGAGCGCGAUCAAAAAACGAUCUUGAAUGGAACUCGGUAAACAGAUCAAGUAUAACGAAAUAAUUAUACGACUACGGCUAUAUUUUCAUACAGUUAAUGAUGUUUUUUCUCUCUUGUAGCUAACCUAGAAAUUAACAAAGUUUACGGCACGAAAAACAAAUACACCUCUUAGUGAAACCAUUGACUUUCAAUCGUUAUUAAAUACACUCGGAAUCUGUCACCUAUUUCGUAAUAAUAAAUUUUAGUUAUUAUUAUUUUUAAAUAAUUACCGUUCCGUUAUAAUCUGCCGUUUGAAGAGAAUUUUAAUUUUUAGUAGAUUAAAAUAUUUAAAAAAAAAACUAACCAACGCGAAUUUAUUUAUUAUUGACGUUAUAAUAUUAUAUACUGAUAAAAAUACAAAAAAAAUAAAAAUAAUUUCACGUAAGUCUUUUGACCCUUUUGAAUAGGGUUGUUUUAAAAAAAAGCCAAAUUAGUGCACGUUUUUUUUUUUUUUUUUUUUUUUUUUUUUUUAAACACAUAACUCAACAUAAUUUUUGAUAUUUUCACAAAAAAAUAAUAAUAUUUCGAAAUUGAAUAUUCUGUAUAUUAAAAUAAAUUGAAAUUACCUAAUUAUAAAAAAUUAAAAAAAUAGUUCAAUUUUACAGCUUAACCGGCCCACCGAUUAUACCGCAUUAUUUAAAAAAUAAUAUUUAACGAUACAAAACUGAGUAUAAUUUUAGGUUUUUUUUUUUUUUUUUUUGGAAAUUCGAUUGUAAUAAUAUAUAAAACAGGUUUCAGGUGGAAACAUUUUUAAUUGGUAAUUUAUACCGAAAUAAAACAUUACACGCGGCGUAUCACGAUCGUGGAAACGACCGUCUGCAGAUUUCACCGGACACUCAAUUUGUUUUAACAUUUAACCGGGUUUAAUUAGGAAUUAUUAGUCUGGCAGAAUAACGUAGUGUAAGUAGCGAAAAUUAAACGUGCGAUGAGAAUUAUUUCGGCAAUUAUGGACUCCGCAUAAUAAACGAGAGCGUUGAGACAUAACGAUGUUAUAAUUUUACAUAAAAAACCGACCAAGCCAUAGUAAUUCAUAUCCUUCCCCCGUCGAAACUAAAAAGUGGAGUAUCUCUUUAACUGGUUGACGGGGAUUAAAAAUGUCAACACCAAAAUUGGUUAAAUUAAUGCUCCAUGGAAUUUUCAACAUAGGUUGCUGUUUGAAAAUCAAAAGCAUGUAGUGGGUUUAACCCUAAAAUAAGGGCGAAAGGGUGACAAAAGAAAAAGAGUAGUGUAACAUUUUUGAACUACUAUAAUUUCUUAAAUGUUUUGAAAAGCAAAUUUAGAAAACGUUAAUCAUUUACGAGAUAAUUAGUGUUUUACGUUAUGUUGAUCGCGCUGUAUACUCUAAACUCAACCAGAAUAUCACAAUCGUUGAAAUACAGACACGUAAGACCGACCGAGAAAACGAAUUAUGAUGUGUAAAAGCCUCUUAAAUAAUAAUCCAAAUAGAUAAAGAAUUUUGAAUACGACCGGUUUCGACGAUAAUCUGUCAGAAAAUAAUAGAAGUGAAAAAAAACGACUUAUAUACAAACAAAUAUUAUGGCGUAUACCUAGGUAAAUGUUUAUUUUUUUUUUUUUUUCAAACGUUCCCAUCAAAUUAUUGUUCUUGUCAAUUCAGGAAAUUAUAAUUAUAAUAUUUUAAUCUUCGAAUAAAAAACUUUUCAGGAAUCAGAAUGAAAUAUUAUGUAAGUCGUAUAUAUUUGAUAUUUGUCGAGAUUAAUGACUCAAGUUUGAAUAUUUUGUCACCUGUGAUAGUUACACAACUCACAAAAUUGGCUCACCGCCCGCGAGUCUGUUCGGGCUAUAGAAAUUACAGGCAGGAGGAGGAGGACACGUUUAAACAUAGGACAGACAUUAGCCCUAAUCCUCGCGCUGUAUAAAUAGUGACACCCCUCAAUCAAAAUGUCUAAAAAUAUGUUCUGGUUUAUCGCAUAAUGUUAUGGAUUAUUUUUUACUUUGUGUAGUAAUAGUAGUUGCAGCGUCAUACAUGUCAUAGUGCCGGGUGAAAACGGUCAUUGAAAUGUUUAAAAUUACUAGUGCACGAAUCCAAAUGCUCUAACUAAAUCUUUAUGGCGAAUAAUGUAACCAAACGGUUUAUAUCCGAGAUUUAAUUUCAGCGUAAAAACAUUACUUCUUAUGUAUUAAAGACCAACUGAUAACCAUCACUUAUUGCACGUCAAUCGCACUCGCGCGCAUGAUAAAAAUCAAACUAUUAAUGAACUGCAACGACACUCUUGGGGUGUACGAUUAUUAGAAAACUGAGUGCACUAUGCCUCAAAGUUGUUUUGCAGUCGUAAUUAUUAUUAUUAUCAUUAUUAUUAUUACAAUAAUAUUUUGGUUAAGACGAUAUCAUACCCGCGUGUGUUGUCUCCGUAAUACAAACGCACAACGUAUCAAAAUCAUUGUGUUACUUAGAACAUCAAGACUUUGGCAUUUAGAUUGAAAUCGGAGUUCGAUCACAAAUAACAAAAUUUAAAGAAUUAAAAGUAUUUUAAAAAAAAAUGCAAAAACAGUAAACUGUAACUUUUUUAUGUUACAAUCAUUUUUUAUUUUAGAAAAAAGCCACGUACAACUCUCAAAAAUAUUCUCCUCUUUAAAAAUAUAUGUUAUCAUUAUUGUGUUUAAACCUCAAUUUCAACCUAAACGCUACAAUUUACGUGUUAAGACGUAUUAGAGAAAAAAACGUUUCAAACAGACAGCUAAUAUGGUUCUGGCAUUUCGUGUAGAAUUGGUUUUGGCAGUUAUGUACCGUAAUUCGUCAUUACGACGAUGGCUACUUCUGUGCACUGCGUAUAUGGGUACCAUUAUAAAACGAUUAUAAAAUACUAUUGUAACGUUUUUAGAAAGUCCCCAGUAAAAACGAAAACAGAAGUCGUACGGGUGCGUGGCGAUAAUUUUGAAAGUAAUUUAUUAUCAACGAAGAAAAAUAUACCGUUUCGGGGGUUAAAAAGACGCUGCGCAUGCAUAAUAUAUUAUCUCAGUCUUGCGAACGCAAAACAUAGAUAAUUUUGAUUCGGCAGGACCAAUUUUCUAAAUUUAAUUUCUCUGAUCCCGGGGAAGACGGGCUAAGUCGAUAAUGUUUAGCUUUUUUUUCAUAUUUAUAAAUAAUUUUGUCUGAUGCAAUAUGUUUCCCUUUAUUUUUCGGGCGAAAUUACAUAAGUGUAUGUAUUUUCAAAAUGUAUUCGCAUUGUCGAUAACUAUACAAAAUUAACUUUCUUCAACGUUAAUAGUAAGAACACGGCAUGUGUUCGUACGUCGGUUUUUUUCGGAUAUUUAAAUUUUUAAACGGGAUAUUUUUAAUUAUUUCAUAUCGAAUAUCUCGAUAUUGACAUACGAAAACACCAACGUGCAAACGCAAUUUGAUUACGCGUCAAUUCGACCUAAUAAUAUUAAAACUAACAGCUCGAAACUUUUGGUUCUGCUGCAAAACGCGAGUUUGCUGUGUCGUACUUUUUUUGUAAGGCGAUAGCAAUAAAUGAUACGUGUGAUGCACGCGGAAUGCCCUCUAAACACAUAAACCUAUUUAAAAUAUCAACAUUGUUGCAAAACAUCGAAAAAUCAAUAAUCAACCACGGCGAAAAUAAAAUCAACCGUUCGAAAGAAUUACGUUUAUUCAGAACUGAACAUCGGAGUUCCUAGUCCACUUGCAACAAUAUAAUAAUAGACGACCGGUAUAAAAUGUGUUCUGUUCUCCGAUUCGGUUUAUUUUUCGAAAAUUACUCCGAUACUAUUAAAUGACAAUUUAUAAAUUCAGUUACUUUCUUUCCGAUUCCACUGGCGUCUAAAAGUAUACUACAAAUUCGAUUUUUUUAGUCGAUUUUAACGCGGUAUUUUUCCAUUGUGUUAUUAUUAAAAAAUAAUGACUCAAACAAAUUCGGACGCGCUCUUAUCUGUCGAUCUCGAACUCUCUACUCAAAUUAUUAUUUCGCUAUAUCGCCACGUUGUUUAUAGGCGCACAAAUAACAUACGCCCCGGGUGGCACGGCCCAUGGGUACAGCUAUUAAUGUCUAUUUUUUUCUUCUUAAACGACGAGAGCAAAAACUAGGACAUGGCUGAAUUUAUUGCUUUACAAUGCGCGAUAUCUGCAGGCAAAAUGCAUUGUUCGCUGUUGAUAUUUUACUAAACGAUUUUAAGUACCCGAUUGUAUCCCGAAAAUAUCAAUCUAAUAAUUUCCAGGAAAAUUGUUUAGAUUCUGAACGAAGCGAGAAAUUUUACUAUGAUAUACUUUUUUUUUGUCGGUUAGGUAUUAGGUUAAACAAAUUUUUUUUUUUUUUUACCAGAAAUCUUACUCCAAUCCAAAACUGUAUGCCAAACUUUUGUUGUUUUUCGCUGUACUUUUGAUCUGAUCGGGGACAUUCAUCGGGGUAAUUUUUAGAUUUCCCUCGUAGUUUUAAACAAACGGGAAAAACCGACAAUUGUUUAUAAAACGUUUGUUGAUUUCUAGACUGCAAUGGCAACAAGGAGGGGAAAAUACGACUAAAAAAAACUAUGCAUAAAAUCAUGUUUUCCGAUUGUACAGAUUUAAAUCAAAUUACUUUAGAACAUAUCCUUCCUCCCGACAUCUACGCUAAAACGGUGGCACACCAACCAGCCUUUUUAAACACGCAUUGUUCAAAACAAUACCUAGUUCUAGUAAAAAUCUGUUGGUAUUUUCCGAUUGGCAUUUGAUCCACUAAAACCGGUAUUCACGGUGUCAAACGCAAUAUCGCGUAUCGUGUCGGACGUUUAACGAUUUGUAAACAACGCAUGUUAACGGUCGACAAUAUUGUUCCAGGUGCUGGACGAGUAUGAUUUCAUCGUGGUCGGCGCGGGCUCGGCCGGGGCGGUAAUCGCCAACAGGCUGUCCGAGAUGCGCAAUUGGACCGUCCUGGUGCUGGAAGCGGGCGGCGACGAGACGGAGAUAUCGGACGUGCCGUCGUUCGUCGGCUACCUACAACUGUCCGACAUGGACUGGCAGUACAAGACCGCGCCGCCGUCCAGUGACAAUCCGUAUUGCCUGGCCAUGGUGCAUGACCGGUGCAACUGGCCACGGGGCAAAGUUCUCGGUGGCUCGAGCGUGCUGAACGCCAUGGUAUACGUGCGGGGCAACCACCGGGACUACGACCAGUGGGCCGAAGCCGGUAACCCCGGUUGGAGUUACAAGGACGUGCUGCCGUAUUUUCUGAAGUCCGAGGACAACCGGAACCCGUAUCUGACCAGGACCGAAUACCACAGCAGCGGCGGCUACCUGACCGUGUCCGAGGCCCCGUGGCGGACGCCGCUCGCCGCCGCGUUCAUAUCGGCCGGCGAAGAGCUGGGCUACGAGAACCGCGACAUAAACGGCAGGCACCAGAACGGUUUCAUGCUGACGCAGACCACCACGCGACGAGGUAGCCGGUGCAGUACGGCCAAAGCGUUUCUCAGGCCCGUCCGGCUCCGGCCCAACAUCCACGUGUCCUUGCACAGUCAGGUGACCAAAAUAAUUUUCGACGGCCCGUCGGCGGACGGUGAACCCCGAGCGACGGGCGUCGUGUACCUGAGGGACGGUAAGCGGCGCAUGGUGACCGCCCGUAAGGAGGUGAUACUGUCGUCCGGCGCCAUCGGGUCACCCCAACUGUUGAUGGUAUCUGGUGUCGGGCCGGCCGACCAUCUGGCUGAACUCGGGAUCAAGGUAAUCAAAGACCUGCGGGGGAUCGGCCACAACCUGCAGGAUCACGUGGGUCUGGGCGGGCUAACGUUCAUUAUCGACGAACCGAUCACGUUCAAGAAGUCGCGGUUUACCACCGCGUCCGUGGCCCUCGACUACAUAAUGAACGAGCGGGGCCCGCUAACGUCCAGCGGCAUCGAAGGGCUGGCGUUCGUCAACACCAAAUACGCCGACCCGUCCGGCCGGUUUCCGGACAUACAGUUUCACUUCGCGCCCAGCUCGGUCAACUCGGACGGCGAUCAGAUCCGCAAGAUCACCGGGCUCCGAGACGCCGUGUACAACACUGUGUACAAACCGCUGAUCAACUCGGAGACGUGGAUGCUGCUGCCGUUACUGUUGCGGCCCAAGAGCUCCGGCUGGCUGCGGCUCAAGAGCAAAAACCCACUGGUGUACCCGAUCAUCGAGCCCAACUAUUUCGCGCACCCCGACGACGUCCGGGUGCUGAUCGAGGGCAUCCGGAUCGCGUUCAACGUGUCCAACACGGCCGCGUUCCGCAAAUACAGCUCCAGGCCGCUGUUGACGCCCAUGCCCGGUUGCCGGAAGUACGAGCUGUUCAGCGACGAGUACUGGGAGUGCGCUCUCCGGCACUUCACGUUCACCAUUUACCAUCCGGCGGGUACGUGCAAGAUGGGUCCCGCCACCGACCCCACGGCCGUCGUCGACCACCGACUCCGGGUGCACGGCGUCAAAGGUCUCAGGGUCGCGGACGCGUCCAUGAUGCCGAACAUAAUCAGCGGCAAUCCCAACGCGCCGGUCAUAAUGAUCGGCGAGAAGGGCGCUGACAUGAUCAAAGAGGACUGGGUUUUGAGCGGUUUUUAGUGAAAACGGUUAUAAUUAUUUAUAAUGGUUUUUUCGUGUUCCCGUAUUGUUCGUGAACGACAAUUGGUUUUUUGUUUUUAAUUUGUUGACAUUUGCUCCAAUCUACUAGCUAAAUUCCGUUUCACUUGCAAAAGGUACGCUGUAAAUUGUCGGUCACCAGAAAACUAUACCCUAUAAGUCUGUCGUGAAUUAAUGUAGAAGAAGGAACGCGAAAGUCCACGCAUUGUUGUAAAAUUGUAUUAUAAACUUACGGAUAACAUGCACGGAGGAACGCAUUAUGUUCAAAGGAUAAUUGUCUUCGGCGAACGCAUUUAUUUCGAUCCGGAUGUUUAACGAAAUCCGUGUAAAUACUUGAAUGUACAUAUUAUAAAUUCGAUGGAAUGAAUAAACAUGUCCGUGAUGCGCACCGAGAGGACUAUAGUGAGAUGAAAGUAUUCGAGAUAUUCCCUAUGAACGGCGAAAUGUAAAUAAUUAUUAUUGUUUCGAUAUUUAUUCACGGUGUACGCGGAAUUCAGGCGAGUUAAUUUAUAGUUAAAUAUCACGCUGAAAACGUAUUAAAAUUGUCGGUUAUUCGUUAAAACACGGAAACACGUGUAACGUACGACAGAACAUUUUCGUGUUCUCUUAUUUUAUAAAUCACGAAGAAUUUAUUAUUUAUUUUUACUAUUAUAUAAGUAGAGUUUGUUACUUUUUGUUAUUAUUAUUAUUAAUUUUUUUUUUUUUUUUUUUUGUGUGUUUUAUCGCGGUCUGUUAAUAUUGUAUAAUAAGUGUAUAAAUCGCCCGGGUAAUUAAUAACGAGCUCUCUUAUACCUCAAAACCGGUCCACCGCAGAGCAUAGUCGUUUUAUAAUUUAUUCUUUCUUUAUAUUGAACAUGUCAUUACUAUAUUGCCGGUAUAAUAAUAAUGUUUAUUAAAAAAAAAAAAAAAAACCGUACUGAAAGUGAGUUAUAAAAAUGUCAGAGGCACGAUGAAUAUAAAAUCAUCCUUCACGAGCCUAUAGGCUUUACAUGCACGCAUUUAUAUUGUAUUAUACAGGGUGAUUAUUUUUCGAACCGCAAAACAUCUGAAAUCUUGAAUUGCAUUAACAUUUUUUUUUUUUUUUAUUAUUAUUAUUGGAAACUUUAUAAUACAAUAAUUAGCUUCGACAAUUAAUUUAGUAUAAUUUACAUAAUAACGUUACACAAAAGGAAUACAAAAAGAAAUUUUAAUUUUAAGACCAGACUGGUUGACGAAGUAGAUUAAAAAUAUUAACGUUAUUUGAAUAUUUUCAUGUCCGGGAUAUUUAGAAUACUUACCCCUACGUACACUCAAUAUUCUCAAAUUGUAUACAUGUACCGACUAUUUCGAUUUUAAACUGCGUAUCAUUGAGUUUUUGGGUGAAAUACAUUUCGGUGCUGAUAUUUUCUAUUACGAUGUGAUAUUCCAACGGCAUCUAGAAGCCUGGCGUUGUGCGUUAAAAAAAAAAAAAAAUCACCCUGUAUGAGUAGGUAUUACUAAUCACAUUACGUCAUAAUAAGAAUUGAGAGGAACUGUAAUUUUUCACUCGUGAUCGAUUAUUUAUUUUGUAACACUUCGAUAUUAUUCAAAUGUGCUUUUAUUAUUUGUUAUCAUUUUUUUUAUUAUUAUUAUUAUUAUUAUUACUGUUAUGUAUUUUAAUAAAAACGAUGCUUACACAUAGAGUUUAAUUUCAAUUGUUAUACAUUCAUCAUUGGAAUUUCUUAUAGCUUUUUACAUACCUAACGUUAUAUUAUUAAAUUUAAAUUUAUUCAUAAUUAUUAUUAAGUUAUUCCUAUUAUGAUAAUGUAGUGCAAGCGUAUUGCGUAGGUAGAUAGGUAUACAUAAUACACGCGUCAUUAUUCGAAUAUUUAAAUAUUGUGCUAUUGGGUAAUCGUAAUUUUGAUUACUAUUAUUAUUAUUAUUAUUAUUUUUAUUUUUUUUUUUUUUUGACUAACUUAUUUUAAUCUAGAAAUUGUUUCUUUCUCUACAUGUGCAGUAGUCAUAUAUUAUUUGUAAACGCAUUUUUGUAUCGAAUAUAUAAUGUACAAGGCAAGUUAUUUAUUUUGUACAGGUACGUAUUAUACGUAUACGCUGCAGAGGUAUUAUACGAGUAUAAUAAAAUGCAUAGACUCGAUUUUGUAUUAAUAUUACGCUUACUUUAUGUAUAUUUACGUUUGAUAAGAGUGUUUGACGAAACAUAAACAUGUACGGGAUUUGCCGGCUCCCCAUGUAUGAUUGUGUGUCAGAAACAAUUAAAUCGUACACGCGGUGUAACCACGGAAUUUUCGGAUGAUAAAAGUGAAAACACUCGCAAUUAGGUACCAUACGGCCAGUUUUCGUUGUUAUUGUCACAUCUGGCGUCUACAAUAAACUCUCACGGAUCAAUAAUAACCGACGAAAAAGGAUUAUCUUUUUAGGCCGUGGAUAACGCGUUUAUUUGUACGAU